AUGGCUUCACAAAUAAUAAAUGGUACUUUAGGUGGUGGUUUUUCAGCUGGAGUUGCUACAUGGUACGAUAGCCCCACAGGACCUGGAAGUGGGGGAGCUUGUGGAUUUGAAAAUGACGUGGCAUAUGCUCCAUACAAUGGCAUGACAGCUGCAGGAAAUAGAAAUAUAUUCCAAUCUGGAAAGGGUUGUGGGGUUUGUUAUCAGGUCAAAUGCACAAAAGCAACAAAUUCGUUGUGCUCAGAAAAUCCAGUUACCGUAACGGUCACAAAUGAAUGCCCGGGUACAUGCAACAACGAAGCAUUUCACUUCGACCUAAGUGGUAUAGCUUUCGGUGCUUUAGCCAAUCCGGGUCAAGCCGACCCGAUGAGGAAAUUGGGUCGAAUCGAUAUUGAAUACCAAAGGGUGCAAUGCACUUAUAGUAACAUCGGCAUACAAUUCAAGAUCGACAAAGGAUCGAACGUUAACUAUCUAGCUUUUGCAAUUGAAUUUGUGAACGGAGACGGAGAUAUUGGUUCGGCCGCAAUCUCGUCAAGCAAUUCGAACGGAUGGUUAUCCAUGAAACAAUCGUGGGGUGCUACUUGGAGUGUCGGGAUACCCGAGGGAGUAAGCGGUCCUUAUUCCGUGAAAGUGACCACAAUCGAGUCGCAGAAAACCGCAAUUGCGAACAAUGUAAUCCCUGCUAAUUGGUCUAAAGGCCAGAACUAUCGCUCCAACGUCAACGUUUAA